CACAGGUGCUAAGGCUCUGCAGGGAUCUGGCUCUCCCCGCACGUGUCCAGCUCCAUCCACAGCUCAUCUGGUCCCCUCACUGGUGGUCAGGGAGACCCUGGAUGUCCCAUUGGAGGGUUCACCGCUGAGCCUCCUGUCCUGCCUCAGCCCUGCUCACUGCUCACCCUGGAACUCCAUGCAGAUCGACUCUGGGUGACAACGUGAAAGCAAAGCUGUCAGUCCUGGGCAGCAUGGAGCAGUGCUCCUGGGCGUUGCUGUCCCUCAUCGCCUGGUGCUUCAUCAUGUUUCAGAUGGCCACCUGCGUGCAGGAGCAGCCCCACGGCCACGCCGAGGAGCGCCUCUUCAAGUACCUCUUCACUGGCUACAACCGGUGGUCGCGGCCAGUGCCCAACACCUCCGAUGUCGUCAUCGUCAAGUUCGGGCUGUCCAUCGCACAGCUGAUCGAUGUGGACGAGAAGAACCAAAUGAUGACCACGAACGUCUGGCUGAAGCAGGAGUGGAGCGACUACAAGCUGCGCUGGAAUCCGGCAGACUUUGACAACGUCACUUCCAUCCGCGUGCCCUCCGAGAUGAUCUGGAUCCCUGACAUCGUGCUCUACAACAACGCCGAUGGGGAGUUUGCUGUGACCCACAUGACGAAGGCCCACCUCUUCUCCAACGGGAAGGUGAAGUGGGUGCCGCCCGCCAUCUACAAGAGUUCAUGCAGCAUCGAUGUCACCUUCUUCCCCUUUGACCAGCAGAACUGUAAGAUGAAAUUUGGCUCCUGGACCUAUGACAAGGCCAAGAUCGACCUGGAAAACAUGGAGCACCAUGUGGACCUCAAGGACUACUGGGAGAGUGGCGAGUGGGCCAUCAUCAAUGCCAUUGGCACCUACAACUCCAAGAAAUAUGACUGCUGCACUGAGAUCUACCCUGACAUCACUUUCUACUUCAUCAUCCGCCGCCUCCCACUUUUCUACACCAUCAAUCUCAUCAUACCCUGCCUGCUUAUCUCCUGCUUGACCGUGCUGGUCUUCUAUCUGCCCUCCGACUGUGGGGAGAAGAUCACCCUCUGCAUCUCCGUCCUGCUGUCCCUCACUGUGUUCCUGCUGCUCAUCACAGAAAUCAUCCCUUCCACUUCCCUCGUCAUCCCUCUGAUCGGAGAGUACCUCCUCUUCACCAUGAUCUUCGUCACGCUCUCCAUCAUCAUCACUGUCUUCGUCCUCAACGUUCACCACCGCUCCCCCAGCACCCACAAGAUGCCCCGCUGGGUAUGCAGGUUCUUCCUGGAGUUCAUCCCUCGGUGGCUCUUCAUGAAGCGGCCUCCUGUGCUGCCUCCCAGCGAUGGGGCAGCAGGGCAGUAUGACCUGCCAGGGACGAGGCUCAGCACCUCUCGGUGCUGGCUGGAAACCGAUGUGGAUGACAAGUGGGAGGAAGAUGAGGAGGAGGAGGAGGAAGAAGAGGAGGAGGAGGAAGAGAAGACAUACCCUAGCCGUGUGCCCCAGGCAAGCUCCCAGAGCCAGGGCGCUCAGUGCCGCUACGUUUGUGGGCGCCAGCUCAGAAAGGCCUUGGGAGGCCCGAGGGUGCCCUCCAAGGGUGACGAUGCGGGUUCAGACCAGGGGCUGCUGCUGUCCCCCAGCAUCCUGAAGGCCUUGGAGGGGGUGCAGUACAUUGCUGACCACCUGCGAGCUGAGGAUGCUGACUUUUUGGUGAAGGAGGACUGGAAGUACGUGGCCAUGGUGAUAGACCGCAUCUUCCUCUGGAUGUUCAUCAUUGUCUGCUUGCUGGGGACCGUGGGGCUCUUCCUCCCACCCUACCUGGCGGGGAUGAUCUAGGCACAAAGCUGGGCAAGGGCUGCGACGGGGUUGGGAGGGUGACAUGCUCCCUCCGUGCCGGGAGUCGCAGCGGACGCUGCACAUGGGUGCCGGCUCCCUCCAGCAGCAAGGACGCUCUGAUGAGCCCAGCGUCCACCCUCAAGCGCACGCAGCAGCCCCGUCCAGCCAGAACGCGCUUUUCCCUGGCAGCGGCACCUGCACGCUUGGGGUGCAGUUGGGACCAGGGUGGGAGAUGCAGUCAGAGCUGGGGUGAGAAGACCUGUGCCUGGGACGUCACAACCUCUGUGGGAUGCACCCUGACUACAGCACGCUGGGGAUCGACCGCGGCCACGCGCAGAGCCAGGCCAGGCAAUGACGCAUCCGGUGGGAGAACAGCUGCCAGGCACGGGCAAAGGCAUCAUCCGGGGAGCUCUACUCUGCAAAGCCCAGCCCGGCCCAGGCGCACCUUGAGUUCGCGCGGUGAAGCCCUCCGUAACCCACAAGCCCAAGCCAGCGCUUUCUCGCCCUCCCAGCUGCAUGCUCAGAAACGGCAGGGAGAUGGAGACAGCCGAAUCAGAAAGGUGGGUGGCUCGGUAAAGCCCAGGCAAGUGGCUCUCUCUGGUCUGCAGCGAGGAUCACCAGGCUGCUUUCUUCCACCCCCUGCCCACCUCAGGCUGCAGAUCCAGCUCUGCCUCACUCUGAUGACCAUAGUCCAGCUUUAAAUUUGUAGCUUCAAAGUAUUCUGGAAGACCAAGCCUUAUGAGGGGUCUGGUUUCUUCUUCAGCACCCUGAGAGAGCUUUCUGCUGUCUUCUGCUCCAGGAACCUGAAUCAGGAAUCACAGUGCUGGAUGCAGUCUGGGGAUUUCAGAAAAAGCACCCAGGAGCAAACUGGGCUGGAAUAAGUUGGUGCCGUUGAGAGUUCUUAAUAAGCAUGUUAUAGUCUUCCACGCGUCCUUCAGUGCAUGCAGGCUGGCUCGGAAGAGCGUGCACAUGGGGCUGAGAAAAGGGGUGCGUGAGGGAGCAGGUGCCCAGGCGUGGCUGGCUGGAUGCGUGCUUGUGAAGGAGUCCACAGACACGUGCGUGUGCAUGCACAUCUCCAACACAGUACACAGGCCCUGGGGUUACACUGACCUGGGCAGGCACGCGCGUGAGAAGUCCUCCAGCAAGGAUAACUUUUGGCUUGGCGUGGGCCGAUUACCCCUGGAUUUGGCCAGCACCCACCACCUCCCUGGUGUUUUCCUUCUUGGAAGAGAAGCAGGGGGAGAACAAGGAGUUUGGGCCUCUCAUAGGGAUUACGUGGUCAGUCGGUGUGA